AUGCUAUGUGAGAUCACCUUCGUUACGCUCCAGACAGAACAGGAGUGGUGCACUAUUUAUGUCAGGUUCCAAGGAGGACGGGCAGGCUGGAAGGCGGCGAAGGACGAGGCAGACAGGACAAGACGUGGACUGAUAUGCAAAAGACAAGCCGAAAUUAACAGGAAACAGCUGGGAACAAUCGGGGAAGCAGACGUGGAUGAUGAGGAGGCGUGGCGCACACGAGGAACGGACGAGCUGGGCGUGACAGAACCCCCACACCCACCCCAAAGGUGGAGGCGACAGACGACACCGGGGAUACGGGACCUGGAAGACAAGAACAAGAUCAGUACUGGGGCACAGGGAACAGAACCGAAACAGGGACAGGAAGUAGGACAGGACCUGACACAAAACAGGGAACGCCGACAGACAGACCAGAAAAAGAACCGACACAGAGGGAACAGAGACAGGCGGAACGAAAGGGCUGGGUGGAGCCGAGGAGACAGGCUGAGGGACAGACAAAGGGGACGAGGAGGGAGUCAGAAGGGGCACCAGGGGAGACGACGAGGAAGCCGGAGGGGACACCGGCAAGGAGGGAGGGGGAGCAGCAGCCGGCCAAGGCGAUGUCCCCUGAUGCGCCGGAGUGGGGGGAGCUGCAGGCAACGGAGGAGCCUCUGCGGGGAACCCGCAGUCGACCGACGAGGCAUCGGAGGGGGACCCGCAGGCAACAGCCAGACCGGAACCCCAGGACCUGUAGGCGCCCUCCAAGCCCCAGCCAAGGCGAGCGAGGGCGAGUGGGACCCUAGCUCUGUGUGUGUGUCCUCUCCCUUUCUGGGACACAGACAUGCGGGAUAUAGGCCGGGGUCGACCUCACCGGGGCGGGGGCAGAGGAGUCAUUAACGAGGUCCUCGAGGGGGUCCCAUUCAAGCUCCUCUACCUCCAAGGAAGAAGGAGCGG